AUGCCUGAAGAGUCACCAGUCACCGAUCGUCCAGAUGAAAAGACCAACGAUCGCAAGAAGCCAAAGAAGCUUGGAGGAGGCGGCAACGAGACUGAGGGUGCGCUUCAGAAAACGGCUCCCGCACAGGAAAACUCCGAAGACGAUGAAGAUGCCGAAACAGAGCCUGAGCCUCAGCCUAUGCCAAAACGACGCGGAGGCCGCAGGAUGGUGCCUGUCCACCAAUCUCGUAUCGCAGACCGACCCCCGAAAGUCGGCGAGAAGGAUAGCAGCUUGAAGAUUAAGAUCGAGUUGGAUCUGGAAGUUGAGGUCGAGAUCUACGCGAGGGUGAAGGGAGAUGUGACAAUCGGCUUGUUGUAA